AUGGGCUUCUUCAACGGACUGAGACCUGACACUGUCAAGGGUCAGCCUGAGCUGGCCCGACAGUCUGUCGACGAGAAGACUGAUGCGCCAAUUGUUCUCCCUGCUGAUCAAUCUAAACACAUCAAGUCAGUCGCAACCGAAGACAUUGACAAUGACGAGCUCGUCCACACGGACAUGCAGACUGGGGUACAGAAGAUCGAAGGUAUGGCACAGGUCUGGCCUCGAUGGGCGCUCUACUUCACUUAUGCCUGGGUCUGGAUUAUAUAUUUCAUCGACGCUCUGGAAGGUCCGACAGGCUGGACUCUAGCGCCAUACGUCACAAGCAAGUUCUCUCUACACGGCCUUACUGCAAUCACUGGAGUCGUUGCUCAACUUGUCGGCGGCCUCGCCAGACUGCCUCUAGCUAAGCUCAUUGAUGUUUGGGGCCGUCCUGAAGGCCUUGCUAUCUGUGUCGUCCUAAUGACAGUGGGCUCAAUUAUGAUGGCAGCCACCGACAGCGUACAGAUGUAUGCUGCUGCGGAGGUCUUCAGCCAGACCGCUCAAGAACAGAGGCUUAUCUUCGCUUAUAUCGCCUCGCCGUACCUCAUCACCACGUUCACUUCUGGCUACUUCGCCAACGCCAUGCUCGAGGGUCCGGGAUGGCGAUGGGCGUUCGGCGUCUUCUCCAUCCUGCAUCCGGUCCUCAAUGCACCUUUGAUUGUCAUCCUGCUGUUCUACCAGCACAAAGCCUUCAAGCAAGGAAUCGUGCCUAUCCGCGACACCGGCCGUACCAAACUCCAGGCCAUCAAGUUUUACGCCAGGGAGUGCGACGCAUUCGGCUUGUUUCUUAUCAUCUCUCUUCCCCUAUCAGGCGCCACCCUGGACGAGCAAUGGUCGUCGCCACUCGUUCUAUCCAUGUUGAUCAUCGGCUUUGUUCUCAUCGUUGCCUUUGUCAUCUGGGAGUGGAAAUUCGCACCAGUCACGUUCAUUCCAUUCCACUUACUGAGAGACCGCACUAUUCUCGGAUGCUCCAUAAUUGCGGCCAUCUUAUUCGUGGAAUUCUAUAUCUGGAACACAUAUUUUUCGUCUUUCCUGCAGGUUGUGCCUGGGCUCGACGUAGUCCAGACUGGAUACAUUCUCAAUAUCUACAGCAUGGGCUCAUGUUUCUGGAGUUUCAUCGCUGGCCUUGUUCUUCGAUACACAGGCGACUUCAAAUGGCAGGCUCUGUUCUUCGGCAUGCCACUUACGUUCCUGGGUGUGGUUCUCAUGAUUGUAUUCCGCCAGCCCGACGUCAACAUCGGCUACAUCGUCAUGUGCCAGCUCUUCAUCGCCUUCGGCGGUGGAACGCUUGUCAUUGCUCAGCAGGUCGGAGCCAUGGCCGCGACGACUCACCAGUAUAUUGCCGUCGUUCUGGCUAUCCUCUCCGUUUUCAACGCCAUCGGUGGCGCUAUUGGUGCGUCUAUCGCCGGUGCCGUGUGGGGCGGAACGUUCACCCAAGACCUUGCCCGCUUCCUGCCGCCCGAGACCAAAGCGAACUCCACGAUCAUUGCUGGCGAUAUUACAGUGCAGCUCAGCUAUGCGCUAGGCGACCCAACCAGAAUCGGCAUCCAGAACGCAUACGGGAAUUCGCAGCGGAUCAUGCUUAUCGCUGCGACGGCAAUCACCGCGCUGGGAUUUCCGGCUGUGGCUAUGUGGCGUGCCAUCGAUACCCGCAAGCGCAAGCAAGUCAAGGGCAGAGUGCUCUGA